UCUAUUUAUGUAAGCCUAGAUUUUUGACAGAAAGGAGAAUUUGUACGAAAGGCAUGUGUAUAACAGUUUCAAACCAUGGUUGAUCUAGCUAGGCAAGCAUUUACUUCGAAGAAUUUUGACUUAGCUGCCGAAAUUUACGAACGGACAAUACGUGAAAAUGGACCUAAAACUGAAUUAUUGUUAGGAUUAGCCGACUGCUUUGCUAGACUUGGCCAAUUUGACAAAGCUUUCCAGUGCUACUCUAAAGCUUCUAGGCAUGGGCCUAUUUCACCAAAGGAUUUGAAACAUUUAGUGUCGGCUCUAGUGAACAUUGUGAAGCAGGAUAUUGUGAUACCUCCUGAAAUGAACAAAAUUGUGAUGUUCGACUGUCUGCUAUGUCGAAAUAUGCUGUUUGACCCGGUUACUAUACCGUGUGGACACACUUUCUGUAGACCGUGUUUAAUAAAAAACCAGUCAAAACAAUGUAAACAUUGUAAGGCUAUUCAUCCGCAUAUGAAUAUUUCAAGAAUAAAAACAAACGUUUUAUUUUCACAAAUAAUAGACAAAUGUUUUCCAACAUAUCGAAAAGCAGUAGAAGUAAAACAAAGUGCAAAUGAUGCUAUGCAGUCCUGUAGAUUUGAAACAGCAAUACAGCUGUAUACUUCCGCAUUGGAGUUAGCUCCUAAAGACCAUCUGCUGCUGAGCAAUAGAUCAUAUGCAUUCUCCAGACUUGAUAAGUAUCAGGAGGCCCUCGACGAUGCUGAUCAUGUUCUCAGCCUUCGCCCUGAUUGGCCCAAGGGGUUCUUCAGGCGAGGAUGUGCCCUCUAUGGACUUGGUCAUUAUGAAGAAUCAGUGGUGGCCCUGUUGCAAUGUUUGGCCCUUGACUCUUCUAUUGAAACUGCAAAAGACUACCUCUCUAAGGCCCUUCACAAUAUCAUUCUCCCACUUGCCCCAGACGACCCAAAAGCAGCCGAACUGCAACGGGAGCUGAACCCCAGCCUUCUUGAUCAACUGAUUCGCUCAAAUUUUGAUGCGUCGCUCAUGCCUGGGCGUGUGACGGUCCAGACUGUUCAUCAACUGAAGCAGAUCAUCACAGAUACAGUGAAUACUGCUGCUAACUUCCUGGAUGAGAAGUGUCAAGCAUUUAAUCCAGAGACUUAUGCUACUGGAACAAGUUUUGAGAGUGCAGAACCAGGCCCUUCAAGUAGUCUAAGAUGUGUCUCAGCCCCCAACUCAAGGGCAGGGACUCCCGUGAUGAUGAAGAGAAACUUCUCUGAAUCCUCAAACCUGGCCGGCACUGAUGAUGGUGCGAGCUCCAAUGUUGCAAUGGAGACUAAUCACCAAGGUGGAGAGUUGUCAUCCCCAGACUCUUCCAACAAUGUGCAACUGGCUCUGAACCGAGAGGAUUUCGAGUGUAGUCUGUGCUACAGGCUCCUGCAUCUACCAGUGACCACCACCUGUGGGCAUGUCUUCUGUCGACCCUGUCUCGACAAGUGCUUGGACCACAAGACCGAAUGCCCUCUGUGCAAGAGCUCCCUUGUUGAGUACCUGGCUGAGCGUCGUCAGGCAGUGACAUCUGCCAUAGAGAACUUCCUGGAGACCUACCUGCCUGCUGAGAACAGGGAGCGGGCUCAACAGCAUGAGGAGGAGCUGCAGGAACUAGCCAGGAUGGGUGAAGAUAAAGAGCAUGAUAUACCAAUAUUCGUCUGCACCCUGGGGUUCCCGAAUGUUGCAUGUCCGUUGCACAUUUUCGAGCCUCGAUAUCGGCUGAUGGUUCGCCAAUGCAUGGAGUCUGGGCGGAGGCAGUUUGGCAUGUGCAUUAGCACAGGACCUGAAGAGCCUGAUUUUUCUGAAUAUGGUACCAUACUGGAAAUCAGAGAUGUACAGUUCUUUCCUGAUGGAAGAUCGCUGGUGGAUUGUGUUGGCGGAAAACGCUUCAAGGUCAUCAGCCGAGGUCAGCGUGAUGGGUACAAUACAGCGAAAGUUGAGUACAUAGAAGACCAUCCGCCUGAAAAUAUGGAAGAGGUUCGAAAGCUGUCAGAAAAGGUGUACAAAGUAUGUAAGAAGUGGUACAAUGAGCUACAUCAAGGACAAAGAGCCCAGAUUUUGCAACAUAUGGGAGAAUUGCCAGGAGCAGAAAAUGAGCAAAACUUUGGAGCCCAUGGUACUGCAUGGCAUUGGUGGAUGACGGCAGUGCUUCCUAUUGAUCCGCGCAUUCAGCUGGCCAUGAUUGCUAUGACCUCGUACAAGGAACGCCUCAAAGGUCUCGGCAAAGUUCUCGGAUUUUUACAAAAUAAGCGAGACAGUCGGUGACUGGUCAUGGUGCUAUCCGCCAUAUUCGCUGUUAUGAACAUCAUAUUCAGAUACGCCAUGGAAACCUCAGGAUAAACUGCAGAUGUAAAGUUUGGGGAUGUGAAAAAUGGCUUUGGUGUACCUUAUAACCAAAAAUUUGUCACCUCAAAUAAUAUGGGCUUGUCUGCUCAUUUUUAUGUGUUGGAUAAUAGAUAUGCCCCUGUUUAAGAUUAGACUCUGGACAAAGAAAACUGCUUCAUGUAAAGUCUGUAUUGCAGAUACUUUCUAUGCCAUUUUAGCAAUGCUACUGAAAACAUAUCAGGUAAAAACUUAGGUUUUGAUAUGCUAUUGAUAAAAUGAUAAGCAGUAUUUUUAUUAGCUCGUCUCAGCACAAUGUUUCAUUGUUUGAAUGAUAUGUGACCUUUCAUUCUUUAUACAUGUUAUGUAAUAAACAAUGUAUUUCCUUUUUUAACCAUAUAAAUUGACAGGUGAACUAGAAUACUUCUUUAACAAUAUUAAGUCAGAGAUGAUGGACAUUCAUGAUGAUUGUCCCACAAUAUUUAUGCCCCCCUUCGAAGAAGAGGGGGUAUAUUGUUUUGCACAUGUCGGUCGGUCCGUCCGUCCACCAGAUGGUUUCUGGAUGAUAACUCAAGAAUGCUUAUGCCAAGGAUCAUGAAACUUCAUAGGUACAUUGAUCAUGACUGGCAGAUGACCCCUAUUGAUUUUCAGGUCACUAGGUCAAAGGUCAAGGUCACAGUGACUCUAAAUAGUAAAAUGGUUUCCGCAUGAUAACUCAAGAAUGCUUAUGCCUAGGAUCAUGAAACUUCAUAGGUACAUUGAUCAUGACUGGCAGAUGGCCCCUAUUGAUUUUCAUGUCACUAGGUCAAAGGUCAAUGUCGCAGUGACUCGAAACAGUAAAAUGGUUUUUGGAUGAUAACUCAAGAAUGCUUACGCCUAUGAUCAUGAAACUUCAUAGGAACAUUGAUCAUGACUGGCAGAUGACCCCUAUUGAUUUUCAGGUCACUAGGUCAAGGUCACAGUGACUCGAAACAGUAAAAUGGUUUCAGAAUGAUAACUCAAGAAUGCUUACGCCUAGGAUCAUGAAACUUUAUAGGUACAUUGAUAAUGAUUGGCUGAUGACCCCUAUUGAUUUCCAGGUCACUAGGUCAAAUGUCAAGGUCACAGUGACACGAAAAGUAAAAUGGUUUCCAGAUGAUAACUCAAGAAUGCUUAUGCCUAGGAUCAAAAACUUCAUAGGUACAGUGAUCAUGACUGGCAGAUGACCCCUAAUGAUUUUCAGGUCACUAGGCCAAAGGUCAAGGUCACAGUGACAAAAACGUUUUCACUAAAUGGCUGCCACUACAACUUACAGCCCAUAUGGGGGCAUGCAUGUUUUACAAACAGCCCUUGUUACUAAUUUGAGCUCUACCAUCAAAACUGUAAAAAACAAUUGAAUAAGAAAAUAUUGUAUCCUGCCUGCAUCCUAAUUUUGUUUCGCCCCACUAAUUGUACCUUCACAUUUUAAUUUGUAUUUUUGUUACAGAAUUAAGAUAUUUUUGCAAGUUCUUAGAGUAUUGUAAAUUAUUCUUAUAUUGUUUUAUAGUUUUUAAAGUUCACGUGUCAGUACAUUAGUAUAAACAAUUUUUUGCAAAGCAUCAAAUUGUAACUUGAACAUUUCAUCAAUAUUAAAAUUGUUGUUGCGAUUAGUUUAAAGGUUAUACAAAAGAUAUCUUUUACAGAAUAUAUUAAUAGUUUGAGCAAAGUUAAAUCAGAAAUCCAACAUUUGGUGAAACCAUGUUUGUGUAAGAGUAAUAUUUUUGCAAGGGUGUAAUCCCAUUUAGCACCAGACGUUGCCCAAUUUCAUUUGACAGAAAUUUCAUCUGCUUUGGAGUUUUAGCUCACCUUUCACGAAGUGACAUGGUGAGGUUAUGUGACUGUGUGAUGUCUGGCAUCCGUUGUGUGUGUGUGUGCGUGCGUGCGUGCGUGCGCGCGCGCGUGCAUGCGUGCGUCAACAAUUUGUCUGUGAAGACAGUAGAGGUCACAGUUUUCAUCCAAUCUUUAUGAAAUUUGGUCAGAAAGUUUAUCUUGAUGAAAUCUGGUUUAUAAUUGUAUUUGGGUCAUCUGGGGUCAAAAACUAGGUCACUAGGUCAAAAACUAAGUCAAAUAAUAGAAAAACCUUGUGUAGACAAUAGAGGUCACAGUUUUCAUCCAAUCUUUAUGAAAUUCGGUCAGAAUGUUUAUUUUGAUGAAAUCUGGGUUGGGAUUGAAUUUGGGUCAUCUGGGGUCAAAAACUGGGUCACUAGGUCAAAAACUAGGUCAAAUAAUAAAAAAACCUUGUGUAGACAGUAGAGGUCACAGUUUUGAUCCAAUCUUAUGAAAUUAAGUCAGAAUGUUUAUUUUGAUGAAAUCUGGGUUGGGAUUGUAUUUGGGUCAUCUGGGGUCAAAAACUGGGUCACUAGGUCAAAAACUAGGUCAACUAAUAGAAAAACCUUGUGAAGACAGUAGAGGUCACAGUUUUCAUCCAAUCUUUUUGAAAUUUGGUCAGAAUGUUUAUCUUGAUGAAAUCUGGGUUGGGAUGGUAUUUGGGUCAUCUGGGGUCAAAAACUAGGUCACUAGGUCGAAAACUAGGUCAAAUAAAAGAAAAAACUUGUGUAUACAGUGGAGGUCACAGUUUUCAUCUAAUCUUUUAGAAAUUUCGUCAGAAUGUUUAUCUUGAUGAAAUCUGGAUCGGGAUUGUAUUUGGGUCAUCUUGGGUCAAAAACUAGGUCACUAUAUCAAAAACUAGGUCAAAUAAUAGAAAAACCUUGUGUAGACAAUAGAGGUCGCAGUUUUCAUCCAAUCUUUUUGAAAUUUGGUCAGAAUGUUUAUCUUGAUGAAAUCUGGGUUGGGAUUGUAUUUGGGUCAUUUGAGGUCUAAAACUAUGUCACUAGGUCAAAUAUUAGAAAAACCGUCAACAAUUUGUUUGUGUAGACAGUAGAGGUCACAGUUUUCAUCCAAUCUUAAUGAAAUCUGGUCAGAAUGUUUAUCUUGAUGAAAUCUGGGUUGGGAUUGUAUUUGGGUCACCUGGGGUCAAAAACUAGGUCACUAGGUAAAAAACUAGGUCACUAGGUCAAAUAAUAGAAAAACCUUGUAUAGACAAUAGAGGUCACAGUUUUCAUCCAAUCUUUAUGAAAUUUGGUCAGAAUGUUUAUCUUGAUGAAAUCUGGGUUGGGAUUGUAUUUGGGUCAUCUGGGGUCAAAAACUAGGUCACUAGGUCAAAUAAUAGAAAAACAUUGUGUAGACAAUAGAGGUCACAGUUUUUAUCCAAUCUUUAUGAAAUUUGGUCAGGAUGUUUAUCUCGAUAAAAUCUGGGUUGGGAUUGUAUUUGGUUAGUCAGGUGAGCGAUUCAGGACCAUCGUGUAUAUAGAUGUAUUCAUGAAUGUCUGUGUGUGAGCGUGUGUGUGUGCAAAACUAUCAAAAUAUAUACCAUAAAGGAAAUACUUAGUUUGUUAUGCCCUGAAGGAGAACCGGCACCUUUCUUUCUGGUAAUAGGUACAUUAGGAACUCCAAACAACUGUGUGGAGCGUGGUACAAAUUUACAGUUAAAUGACCUAAAUGUGAUGAUAUUAAAAGAACCAGGCAGAAAUAUGGCCUUGUGUUUUCUGCUACAUUAAAUGAAGUUGCCUGUGUUUUCAACUUUCUUAAAGUAAAGAAUUGAUCCUCCUCAAACUAACGUAGUUGAAUGACGUUAAUCAAUGAAUCUUGUUCCAUUUUUCACAGUACAAUAAGCCUAAUGUGUAGAUGAUUGCAAAGAACGGAAAUGUGGCUACUUCCAGUUUUGACUUAAUAAUGAACCAUUGCGUUUUUGUAAUGAUGGUAGAAUAUAUAGCAGAUUUUUCUGUGUCCAAACAUGUGUUUUGGGAGUAUCAGUGUCUGGGACACAUUUCUUUGUUAAGUCCAUUUCAAUAACAGAAAGAAGCUAUAUUUGUGAUUGUCUAUUUAUUUAUGCUUUAUCUUUGUAUAUACACCUUAUAUUAUUUAUAACAGUCCAAAAUGUAUAAAUGAAUUUUGUUGUAUCAUAGUAAUUUCAAUAAAAUACUAAAUAGACAGCAGUUGGUAACAUAUGAGCCUGUUGCUUAAUGAUUUUGUAAUUAUUUAACAACCUGAAUCCAUGAAGAUGUUUGACCGUUGGCCUGUGGUGUGACUUUUGGCUUAGGGGUAACACAUCUCCACAUAGAAAAAUUAAGGUAAAUUAUUUUGAAAUUGCUUGAUAAAGGUUGAAUUAACUUCUAUAUGGCAAAUUUACUUUACUCUUUUGAUAGACCUUUACGUUUAAGGUAGGGACACAGUUGUCAGACAGUUUACAGUAGAGACAAUCUGACCAUGAUUAACAUUUUAAAAUUGCAUGAUAACUGAUAGAGUUACAGCCCUGAGAAGCUGUUAGAGCAAAGUUAAAUUUUAGACCUUUAAAUUUGACCUUAACCCUUAAGUAAGGGGGACAGACUUUUGGCACCAUGACUCAUCUAAGCAUCUUUCGCAUUUGUGUUAAGAAUAAAAUUUCUUUAACUGUUGCAUUGAAAAUAUAAAAACCUAUUUCACUUGAGAAAAUAUUUGUAUCUGCAUUAAAUAACUCCUGUUACUGGAGCAGCAAUAACUUGUGAGCAUCUGUCGGUCCAAAUCAAUAUGUCAUUGACCUUAACCCAUAUGAUAAUUUGAGGAUGUUUGACAACUUCUGCCUUCACUAUGUUUUCCUCUACACUUAAGUCAUUAAGCUUUGUUAAAAACUGUUAAUUAUGAGAAUUUUAACAAAUUCAACAUUGUGUUUAGUUAAAAGAUGUUGUUUUAUUAUGAUAUAUGACUAUGAACCAGAUAUUAUAUAUGGAUGUUGUGAUUGUCUUAUUUGUACAUUUUCUUCUGUUUUAGUCUAUGUACAACUAAAAAAAAACAAUAUUUCUUUUGAAUGAUUAAACACUAACUUUUGAUCGGUAUCUGCACAUGAUAUUUAUUUAAUGAAAAGAUUGUGUGUUGUUUUAAUGACCAUGCUGUAUAAAAAUAAUAAAAAAAUGAAAAUAAGAAUGAAUUAUUUUAGUUGUUUUGUUUUUUAUCGUCAAUUAAGCAAUAUUGUGGUAGUCAUUUUAUGAUUACAAUGAUCACUGAAAAAGUUACUGUCAAGCCAGUUCUGACCUCUGAUCUCUUGGUGUGACCUUGACCUUUAAGUUAGAAAUACAGAUGAUACAGCUGACACGUGAUCAUCUCAUGGUCAUGAACAUAUUAUAUAUGGAUGUUGUGAUUGUCUUAUUUGUACAUUUUCUUCUGUUUUAGUCUAUGUACAACUAAAAAAAAACAAUAUUUCUUUUGAAUGAUUAAACACUAACUUUUGAUCGGUAUCUGCACAUGAUAUUCAUUUAAUGAAAAGAUUGUGUGUUGUUUUAAUGACCAUGCUGUAUAAAAAUAAAAAAAUAUGAAAAUAAGAAUGCAUUAUUUUAGUUGUUUUGUUUUUUAUCGUCAAUUAAGCAAUAUUGUGGUAGUCAUUUUAUGAUUACAAUGAUCACUGAAAAAGUUACUGUCAAGCCAGUUCUGACCUCUGAUCUCUUGGUGUGACCUUGACCUUUAAGUUAGAAAUACAGAUGAUACAGCUGACACGUGAUCAUCUCA